ACCAUGAACAUCCGCAGCGCUCGGCCCGAGGACCUGAUGAACAUGCAGCACUGCAACCUCCUGUGCCUGCCCGAGAACUACCAGAUGAAGUACUACUUCUACCACGGCCUGUCCUGGCCGCAGCUCUCCUACAUCGCCGAGGACGAGGAGCGCAAGAUCGUGGGCUACGUCCUGGCCAAGAUGGAGGAGGACCCGGAUGACGUCCCGCACGGCCACGUCACCUCGCUGGCGGUGAAGCGCUCGCACCGGCGCCUCGGCCUGGCCCAGAAGCUGAUGGACCAGGCCUGCCGGGCCAUGAUCGAGAACUUCGGCGCCAAGUACGUGUCGCUGCACGUGCGGAAGAGCAACCGGGCGGCCCUGCACCUCUACGCCGACACCCUCAACUUCCGGGUCAGCGAGGUGGAGCCCCGGUACUACGCGGACGGGGAGGACGCUUACGCCAUGAAGCGGGAUCUCUCGCCCAUGGCGGAAGAGCUGAGACGGAAGCUGGAGGAGAGGAAGGCCGGGGGUGGGGCGCUCAGCUCCCGGGAGACCCAGGGUCGCACGUCGUCUGGUUCCGGAGAGGCCUGUCGGCCGGAGAACGUGGCUGCCGACGACAGCCGCAGUGACAGCAAGGAACCCAACGAGUCCCGGGAGAGCACCGACGUGCAGGACAGCUCGGAAGACGUGGAUUCCACCUCCUAG